CAACCCCAACACCCAAACAGCAAAACAAUGGCGACGAGAGAGAGAGAAAGGGAGAGGGAUCUAGAGCUCCUCAUCCCAGUUGCACCAAGUAACGAAAAUGCAGAUUCCAAAUCCUCCUCCCCAGCCAACUCACCACCUCCUACCACAUCCCAUCCCCAUCACACCACUGGCCGCGAGGCAUUUUCAAAAGUCAUCCGCAGCUGGGCUUCCAAGAAGUUUAUGACAGGAUGUGUCAUUCUUCUUCCAAUAGCUAUUACAUUCUACAUCACAUGGCAUUUCAUUAAAUUUGUGGAUGGUUUCUUCUCCCCAAUCUACAAUCGCCUAGGGAUCAAUAUUUUUGGUCUUGGAUUUGCCACCUCCCUCACAUUCAUCUUUUUCGUCGGUGUUUUCAUGCAAUCGUGGUUGGGAACGUCUGUUCUUACUCUUUGGGAGUGGUUUAUUAAGAAAAUGCCACUUAUAAGCUAUAUCUAUGCUGCCUCAAAGCAAAUUAGUAUAGCAAUAUCACCAGAUCAGAGCUCUAAUGCUUUCAAGGAAGUGGCUAUAAUAAGGCAUCCAAGAGUUGGGGAGUAUGCAUUAGGAUUUAUCACUUCAACAGUUGUUCUUGAUCAAAAGAGUGUAGGAGAAGAACUCUGUUGUGUUUAUGUACCUACCAACCAUCUUUAUCUUGGAGAUAUUUUUCUGAUUAGUCCCAAGGAUAUUCUGAGACCCAACCUGUCCGUUCGAGAGGGGAUUGAAAUUGUAAUAUCCGGAGGUCUGUCAAUACCGCAACUGUUGACGACGGUGGAUGCACAAGUCCUUACACCAAGAAGAGUUCCUCACUUUGAAGAGCCAAAAGUAUGAUGAUGUUUCGACGAUGAAGUUCUCAAACUCAAACGAAGUUUUGCAGACGAAGCUUAGAGGAUUGAAUCUAGAUCAGGCCUGGAAUGAAGUGAAGAAACCGUAGCAGAAUCCUGAAAAGCAGUGAAGCCCCUUUAGAAACAAACUUAUAUACAGCCACAACUGAUGCUAUAUUUGUUUACAAGGGAAAUACCCCUCUUAA